CUUUCGGUAUUCGGAUUGCUUUGUCUUGAAUAGUUGAGAACAUGGUAGUCGAUAGUUUGUCCGUUCAUGGGUCGAGAGAUUUAGAAAUGAAAGAUGGGGGCCAUGAUAAUAAUGUGAAGAAAUCUCUGAAGCGAAAGAGGCUUUCGGUCCCUGACUUUGUGAGCCAAGACGAUAGAGAAUCCAGGAUUCAUGAGUUACAACAAGAGCUAAAUAGUUUGUGUCAGUAUUUCAAGGAGAUUUCACUCCAAAAAGUGUGUUUUCACGAGAGUAGUGGUGGUGGUUGUUCAAGUAGUUCCAUGAUUGCUUGUCUUCUUGAAGAAAGCGAUCUUCCAUUCUCUGUACUGGUGGACGAGAUUUAUGCAAAGCUUAAGAUGAGAGAUGGGAUUACUUUGGCAUAUGUGCGAAGUACGGUGCUUUCUGUUGGGCAGAGAUUAAUGUAUGGGAUUGCUAAUGCCGAUGCUGAUGUAUUGGAAGAUAACUCUGAAACAUGCCUUUGGUGUUGGGAGACGAGAGAUCUAAAGUUAAUACCAAAAAGCCAGCGUUGGGUUUUAAGUAUUAGACGUACUUGUCGGAAAAAAAUUCAUGAGAGGGUCACUGCUGUUUCAGCAAUGGUAUUGGCAUUGCAAGUGCCAGAAAGCUACCAGAACUAUAGAACUGAUUUGAUGAAAGCAUCGGAAAAGCUUGGUAAAGCAUUAAAUGAAGCAGAAAUUCGCUUAUUAGUGGAAAACAUGGUGCAGAAGAAUGGUGCUGAAAUGGCUGAAAAGGAUGCUAAACUAAAAGAGAAAGAGCUAAUCAGGGGAUUGGAGAGAAAUAAGCGAGAAGCUGAGAGGGAGAAGAAAAGAAUGGAGCGUGAACUUCAGAAGGAGAAGUUACACAGUGAAAAGGAAUUAAAACGGUUGCAGGAUGAGGCAGAGAAAGAAGAAAGGCGCCGUGAGAGAGAAGAAACUGAAAUGAAGAAACAGUUGAAGAGGCAGCUGGAGGAAGCGGAGAAAGAUCAACGACGCCGAGAAAAGGAAGAAGCUGAAUUAAAAAAGCAACUUGCCAUGCAAAAGCAGGCUUCAAUGAUGGAACGCUUUCUUAAAAACACAAAGAAUAAUUCACCUAGACAAGAUGAAAAUUCUUCAACAAAAGCAACUGCUUAUGAUCAUUUCUGGAAGAAGGAUGAAACACUUAAUGCUGUAACUUUGUCUAUGGAUAAUGCCCUAUCUUUGAAAGAUGGGAUAAGUACCGUUGAACUUUUCAAGUCACACCGGAGUUCUUGGUGUCAAUUGCGUCAUUCUUGCCAUUCCAACAGAUCCCAGCAUUGGGGUGUCCGGUGUAAGCCUAAGAGAGUGUUGAUCAAGGAACUUAAGCUAACUUCUAACAAAGGAGUGGAAUGUGGUGAUGAGCUAGACAAGCUUGUAAAUGGAUGGGAAGAAACAGUCUCUGAUGAUAGAUCUGGUCGUGAUAAUGCACAUGAUCCUCCAACUGACAUCCGGAAACAUACUAGAGCUCUGAAACUUUUGCAGUUUGACAAGAGCCAUAGGCCAGCAUUCUAUGGCACAUGCCCUAAAAAAAGUUAUGUUGUUGGACCUCGUCACCCUUUUAAGAAGGACCCGGAUCUGGAUUAUGAUAUCGACAGUGAGGAAGAGUGGGAAGAGGAGGAACCUGGGGAAAGCCUUUCUGAUUGUGAUAAAGAUGAUGAGGAGGAAAGUGUAGAGGAAGGGAAUCUAAGAGCUGAUGAUGAAGAUGGAAGUGAAGAUGGAUUCCUUGUACCUGACGGAUAUCUCUCGGAAAAUGAGGUACUUAUUGCAAUAUACAGCUUACAUACUUUCCUUUGCAAUCACUUAUCUAAUGUGUUCUAAAAUUCACAUCAAAAC